AUGGAGGGCCUAUACUUUAAUGUUAACGGCGGAUAUGUCGAGGGCAUUGUUCGCGGCUAUCGGAAUAGCCUGUUGACCGGCCAGAACUAUUCCAACCUCACUCAAUGCGAGACAAUUGAUGAUGUCAAACUCCAGCUCGCUCCCUCAUAUGGCGACUUCCUUUCCUCUCUUCCCCCGAACCCCUCCACCUCAGACCUUGCGGGCCGCAUGACUGAUAAACUGGUGUCAGAGUUCAAGUAUUUGAUCGCACAAGCAACAGGCUCAUCUGCCAAGUUCCUCGAAUACAUGACAUACGGAUACAUGAUCGACAAUAUCGCGCUGUUGAUCACCGGCACUCUACAUGAACGAGACACUCGGGAACUCCUAGAGCGAUGCCAUCCACUCGGAUGGUUCGAAACACUCCCUGUGCUAUGUGUUGCCACAAACAUUGAGGAGCUGUACAACUCGGUGCUAAUCGAGACCCCGCUGGCCGCCUACUUCAAGGGCAGUCUUAGCCACCAGGACUUGGACGAACUGAAUAUCGAGAUCGUUCGCAACACUCUCUACAAGAAUUACCUAGAGGACUUCUACAAAUUCGUCAACACUCAUCCAGAUUUCAGCGGUACAGCAACGCAGGAAGUUAUGGCGGAGAUUCUGCAGUUCGAAGCGGAUCGCCGCUCCAUCAAUAUCACUCUAAACUCCUUCGGCACCGAGCUGUCCAAGCUGGAACGGAGGAAGUUGUACCCAGAGUUUGGCAAGCUCUACCCAGAAGGCAGCCUGAUGCUGUCCCGCGCCGAGGAUGUCGAGGGUGUUGCUCUGGCUGUAAGUGCUGUGGCCGACUACAAGGCGUUCUUUGAUGCCGUAGGCCUGAGUCAAGGCGGCGGGGGUAUGGGAGGUAUGGGCGGAGGCCCUGCAGAUGGAAAGAGUCUGGAGGACCUUUUCUACCAAAAGGAGAUGGAUAUGUCAAAGCUGGUCUUCACCCGUCAAUUUACUCCGGCUGUGGUAUACGCCUGGAUGAAGCUGAAGGAGCAGGAAAUCCGGAACGUCACCUGGAUCUCGGAAUGCAUUGCCCAGAAUCAGAAGGAGAGAAUCGGGAACUUCAUCUCCGUUUUCUAA